GGCAACCGCACACAAAACAUGAGCGGAAGAUUUCUGUGCCAACAUCAGAAAUGGCUCCUGAGGUGUCACAGCCCAUGAGAAAGAUGUCUGGCCGAUUUGGAGCAAGAUGCUUACCAUAGAUUAAAGUGGUGAAACAGCGAGUAGUACCAUAGACAUAAGGUCUUUCUGUCCCUGUGGGUGAAGCCCAGGCAGCUAUCUGGUCGGUGUUGACGAGCGCCUUCCGGUUUUAUACCCCCCCCUUUCUACACAUUUGCUUAGAAUUUAGCAGAGUUUGCGCUGCUACGGUGGCCGCCACAGAUCAUUUUAAACACUUUCUCUGAGGGCUGCUGAAAGAGAACGGAUGGGCAGCAGGUGAGCUCACAGAGCGGGCUGGUCAGCGCGAUUAGGUCGCUGGAGACACGAGGGAUCAUCUGACGUUCUCCUGGCUCCUCUGGUCGCGGGGUAACUGAGCUAAGAAGGUAAGCAGAGCGGAGUUGGAUCAGCUGACCGAGAAAGUGUCCGUUCAGUUCAGCAUCUGUUUCUCAGCAAUGCCCAGCCACGUGUUUCCAGAAGGCAGAGCACAAAGCUCGUCAGUUUCAUUGGAUGAUUCCCAAGUCCUAGUUUUAGGACAGGAGAGGGAGAUGCUUUCAAUGCAGCAUUCCCAGAAAUGAAGGAAGGAAGCCUACCCAAGGUUGCUAUCAGCUGUCUCUAAAGGAUGGAGAAAAAGAAAAUUUUAAUGAAAUCCAAUGUUGCUUCUUCUAACCUUCUGAGAACACUGCAUUCUCUCUAUCAGUUUGGUUAUUUCUGUGAUGUGAUAAUAUGCACAGACCAAUUUGGAAUACGGGAGGAGUUUUUUGUUCACAAAGCCGUAUUAGCAGCUUCCAGUAAUUACUUUAGAAACCUGUUCCUCACUGACGAGAUGCUGAAUGCCAAGGAUUGUAGGGUGACCCUCCAGGACGUUCAUGCUGAAGAAUUUGUCUCCUUCCUAAAGUUUGUCUACACAACAGAAGUAGAAAUUGAAGUGGACAAAUUGCACCGGAUAAAGGAGGUAGCUGAAAGACUUGAAUGUAAGGAUCUGCUUGAUGUUUUUGAAGAAACAAAGGCUGUAGGUGAAAAUCUGAAUGUGAGUGUUCAUUCGAAAAUACAUGAAAGUGGUGGUUCUGUCCAGAGUAAAACAAACCAAAUAAAAAACAAGGAACAGAGUGACUUGUCCCAAAUUUUGGUAACACCUAUGAAGAGAAACCUUUGGGACAGAAAGAAGCAUACAAAAUGGACAGCCAUGUAUGACGGUAAUGAAAGUAAGCCUGGACACCCUAACAAAAAAGGUGUUGCUCUUGAUGAGCCCAAAGAUGAAACAACAAUGUCAACUGGAUGUAACGAAAUAGACACCCAUGAGAUUCACAAUACAAAGAAUAUCAGCCAGCAGAAAAGUAACAUCAGCCUUUCUUCGCUAGAUCAGGUAGAUGCAAAGGAAAACUGCACUGUUAUAAACAGGAUACUACCUGCCCAGAAGGAGGAUGAAAAUAAUUUGAUACUUAGUGAAACCAAACUCAGGAAAUCACCACGCAAUAUAUCGAAAGUCUCACUGCAAACAUACGCAUGUGACAAGUGUCAUCAUUCGUUCGAUUUUGCUAAGCAGUACCGGUUACACAUGGAACAAGAACACGACAUGGAUGGGAUCAUUAAAUACAGCUGCAAUAUGUGUGACCAACUCUUUUCCAGUUGCCAAAAUCUAAGACAACACAGACUCACCGUUCACAACACUGAGCAGCACUUCUCCUGCUUGCUGUGUGACAAAAAGUUUAAGUGUCAGAAAGACAUCAAUCAUCAUAUCCGGAGGGUGCAUGAAAAGAAAAGGAAUCCUCAAAGGUGUCCCUACUGUGACAAAGUUAUCAGCUCCAAAUGUGGACUGACCAUUCAUAUUCGAACACACACAGGAGAGAAGCCAUAUAAGUGUGAAUGCUGCCCAGCAAGUUUUGCUCAGAGAUCUGCCUUUAAUACUCAUGUAAGAAAAAUACACAAAUCAAGGCAAGACAGGAAACACAUGCCAGGUUACUGGAUGACUGUCCCACCAGCAGAAAGAGCAGAUGUUAUAGAUGGUGAAAUCAACAUGGCUGACAAAACAGGUCUUGAGAUACCAAAUACCAACUUGAAAAGCGAACCUGGGGAUGAAAAAGCUCAGGAGCUUGAGGAAGAAUCCAGGAGUUCCCAUACAAUGGAAGCAGAGUCUGACAAUAAAAAGGAAAGACAGGAGCAAUAUGAUGAAACUUAUACUCAGAGAGGAAAAGCUGAUGGGCACAGGACUAUGGCUGUAGGAGACUGUGUAAAAGGAGAAAGGAAAUGUGAAACAAGUGGCAACAAAGAUAAUGAGGCACCCUUGUCGGAUGGUGAUGGUGACGACAAUUCUAAUGACCAAGAUGCAGCAGAAAACAAGUUAGAUGCAAAUUACAAAUUAAGGAGGGGAGUGAACAAAAAUGAGGGAAUUAAAAAAUCUGCCUAUGUUAUAACAUGUACUAAAUGUGUUGAGAAGUUCAUAUCGCGGAAGAAAUACGUUGACCACUGUAAAAAUGUCCACCAUUCUUUGCCUGGUAAAAUUUAUCAGUGUGACAUUUGUAGCAAGUCCUUUGCAAGUUACAACAGCUGGAAAGAGCACAGAGCUAGCGUCCACACAGAAGACAGGCGGUUUGCCUGCACCCUCUGUAAUGCAACUUUUAAAAGAAAGAGGGACGUGAGGACGCAUUAUGUGCGGAAGCACGAGGGAAGAGUAAAGCGUCCCCUUUGUUCUGUGUGUGGGAAGAUCUUAAGCUCAAGAACAGCACUAGUAUUUCAUAUGAGGACACAUACAGGGGAAAAGCCAUACCAGUGCGGUGUUUGCUGCUCAAGAUUUGCUCAGCCAUCGCAGCUCAAGAUUCAUACCAGGUCCCAUACAGGUGAAAAGCCAUACAUCUGUGAGGACUGUGGAGCAUGCUUUGCAGAUAAAGGCAAGCUUAAUGGCCACAAGAGGACACAUACAGGAGAGCGUCUAUUCAAAUGUGAUGUGUGUGGAAAACACUUUGCUACCAAUGAAUACUUAAAGUGCCAUAAGCGUUGCCACAUGGGAGCAAAGCCAUACAAGUGUGAUGUGUGUGGGAAAACAUUUGGAAUGAGAGCCUCAUUAGCCCAACAUAGUAAUGUUCAUGCAGAAACUCCUCCUUAUUUCUGUGAGCAGUGUGGAAAGACAUUUACUCAGCAAGGAGCCCUGAGGCGUCACCAGCGUAUUCAUACUGGAGAAAAGCCAUACAAAUGUAGGGCUUGUGAGAGAACAUUCACAGAUAUGUCUACUUUAAGAAGGCACGUCCUGGUCCAUGAUCGCAAUGCUCAUUGGAGGACUUUCUUAAUAGAUCUUACUAUGAAAAAGGAUCAUAACUGGUCCAAAAUAGAGACUUUAUCUAACAUCUGUGUGAGAGAGGACUCUCCUCUGAUUUGGUCUGAUGGUCAAAGUAAACUUUAUAAACCAGAAAGCACUAGUGUAAAAAAAGUGGAACACGUAUCAUGUAACAGUAAUGUCCAAGGUCCUGAUCAUUCCCUUAUGUAUUUAUGACUGUAAACAAUCAAGGCAAAACAUAGGUAUAAAACAUUUCACAUACCUCCCAUAUGUUCCUUGUGGGGGGAACAUCCUCCAUCUGCCCACAAGUUCUACAGAUUAAACAUACUAGCAGUUCAGCAUGUUCAGAAGGGAGACGCAGCCAUUGGGCAGCUCAGAGGUGGUUGUUGAAUUGCUUGUGGAUGGAUAAUUUCUUCUUAGCUUAUAUUCUGGCUUCACUAAUGGCCUUUCAGGAGUCAGGGGGGAUGAUACUUGGAGCUCAGAUUGAACAGAUACGGUUAAGUAUGGAGAACUGGCAUUACUGUAUUUAAUAGGAGUACAGGAGUAUCUUCAUAAGUGGUAAGUUUUUGAAGUUUCAAGACCCUUUUAGGACUGUUCUCAGAUGGCUGUCAAGGAAGGGGUGGGGAAUUUUAAUUCCAAUAAAAAGAUAUAGGUGCUCAGACCAGUGUAAGAGUUUUGCUGUGUGCCCUGAAACAAGGCAGUGUUCCUGUAUGGGAACAGACUGCAUAUGUUCAGUGCUGAGGGGAAAUUGCUCUGUACUACACUCUAUUAUAUCAUUUCACUUUCUUUAAAGAAGCAUACCUUAAGAUGGGAAGGAUGAUGUUUAAUGGGUAUGGUUAAAGCUAUACGUGGGAUAAGACUUACAAGGACUACAAGACCAAUAAGGUCUCUCCAGACUGGGUGAAAUGGCAUUAAAAUAACAAAUGCAGUUGGGGUACAUAGGUGUAAAAUGAUGCGCACUGAGGCAAAACUCCAUUGAGGCAAAAAUCUCAUAUUUUUAUGGGGUUUGAACUGGUCAUGAGUGAUCAGGAAAGAGAUCUUGGAGUUGUGGUGAAUAAACGCAAUGGAAAUAUUGACCCAAAGUGUAGCAGCUGAGGGUAGCAGGGAGGCAAAUCUCAUAUUAGGGAUCAUUAGAAAACAGAUCGCUGGUCUUUGACCGUAAUAAUAAAUGAUUAAUUGAUUGAAAACAAAAGAGCCAAUAUCAUGAAUGCCUUUUUCAUGAUACACAGUGUUCCACACUUGGAACACUACACAAUUCUGGACACUGCAUCUCACAAAUAAUAUUGUAGAAUUGGAAAAGGUGCAGAAAAGGGCAACCAAAAUUAUCAGGAUUGAGCCAACUCCUCUAUAAGGAAAGGUUACGACUUUUGGAGCUUUUUAAUUAAGAAAAAAGUGUGAGAAAGGGAGGAUAUAACAAAGGUUAUAAUAAUAUGCAUGGUGUGGAGAAACACAGUCAGAGUGGUUUUCUCCCCCUCCUAAUACUAGAAACCAGGGCCAUCCAAUCAAACUGAAUGUUGGAAGGCUCAGGACAGACAAAAUGAGGAACUUCUUUACACACUGUGUAGUGAAACUGGAAUUCGCUGCCACAAAAUGUAGUGAUAGCCUCCAUGUUAGAUGGCUUUAAAAGGGGAUUAUACAAAUUUAUGGAGGAUAAGGAGAAUUUAUGGAGGCUACUAGUAGCUCCUUGUCAUGAGGGCUGGGUACUUCCCCCAGGAGUGUCUCAUUGACCACUGUGGGAAACAGGAUGCUGGAUUAGAUAGGCCUUUGGUAUUGUCCAGCAUUUAUUUAUUUAUUACAUUUAUAUACCGCCCCAUAGCCGAAGCUCUCUGGGCAGUUUACAGCAAUUAAAAACAAAUAUACAAAUUUUAAAACACAAAAACAUUUUAAAAACACAAGCAUGCCUUUUUUAAUGUUCUUCACAGUGUCUGAGGUUUCUUUUUAUUUGACCUUCAGAGUAAGUGGAUCUGCCCAAUAUUAAAUAGGGAAAUUGCCCUUGAUUGUGAAACAGGGAUACAAAGUGAAGUUGAGGGAAAGUAACUAUUGAAAGGGAAGUAUUUGAUGUGGAGCAGACACAAAGGGCAGAACUGAAAGAGGAGUUGCAGGACAAUCUGCUGAGAUGAGAACAUUUCACAUCGGCAUGUGGGCAAUCCAGACUGCAUGGACCACUGGCACUUGCUAAUAUACUAACUAGAAAACAUUAAAAAGUCCUUUGUAAAGUUUUACUGCUCCUCAUUUGGAAGGAUAGUCCUCUUCAUUUCAGAAUGCAGGCACUGAGACAAAUGGACCUGAAAACUUUGUUCGUCUCUAUGCGUAUUUGCUAUUUUUAUAACUGUAGGCGAGGAUAACAAAUGCAGACCUGUUUCUCUUUGUCUGGUUGAUUAUUAUUUAUGCCACCCGUUUAUACACCUGUUAUUUUGUAAAAGUCACAACAAAUAAUAAUUUUGUAUGUUUAUUCUUAACUGUAUAUGUCUUUAUGUCAUAAAAAUAAUGGCCCUGCAUGGCAACAUAGUGUGACUGAACUGAGGAAUGAAACUGGGGCUCAUAGCUCAAAAUUCCACUAUGAUACAUUAGCUCACUGUUUACUUUGUCUUCUGACUGCAGCAUAAAAGUCAGGAACCAGCAAAGCACAAUGUGCACUGGACUGCAGGAUUUGGAAGGCAGAUAUCUAAAAUCAUAACAUCGUACCACUCGUGUAGUGGCAAAUUCAGAAGGGCAGGGUCCCUUCAUGCACACCCCAUCAUUUUGCAAACCCACACACCACUAUAACAGACAUCCCUAGCAGCCAAUCAGCAUGAAAGGGAGGGGCUGUGUGUUAGCUACUGAGAAGAGUCUUUUCAGUGGCCAACUCACCUCCUUUCACUCUGAUUGGCUCCAAAUAGCACAAAAGGACAAGGACUCUUCUUAAUGGCUAACAUGCUCCUCUUUUAUGAUGAUUGGUUCAUACAUAGGGACCUGGUUGGGACCCUGGUCCCCAAAAAGUAACGGGUCUGUGAUGCCCCACACCCCUGGAUGACUACACCCGGCAUGGUACUAUUAGUGAGAUCUUUGUGGGAGUCUCUGUUGGGAUGGCUCAGAUGCAUGGCUUAUAGCAAUUAGAAGUCAUGCAUUCAGUGUCGUGGGGCCAAGCCUGUGGAACUCCCUCCCAACUGAGAUUAGACAAACACCCAUGUUGAACUUCAGGUGCAUGACACACUUUCUUGUUCCAGCAGGCAUGCUUAGGUAGUGUUUGAAUUUUUGAUGAUUUUAUUGUAUUUUAUGUAUGGCUUGUUUUUAUGUACGCCACUUAAAAUGCGAAUGAUUAAGCAUUAAAUAAAAGU